AUGGCUUUGGAUGAUUCGUAUGUUUCCUUCGUUUCUCUAUCUGUUUCUUCUCAAAUUCUGAGUCUCCAGCUUUGUCUCAGCAUUUUCCUCUUCAUCUCCCUUUUCGUUUUCUGGUUGACUCCAGGUGGCUUUGCCUGGGCACUUUACAAAGCUCGUUUCCAUACCCGACCCGAACACAAAACCGGACCCGCCAUUCCUGGCCCGUCUGGUCUCCCCAUCGUUGGCCUCCUCUUGGCCUUCGUCAACAACGCUUUGACACACAGAAUCCUCGCCAAUAUUGCUACUUCAUGCAAAGCAAAAGCUCUCAUGGCGUUCUCCGUCGGGUCGACCCGGUUUGUGAUCUCCAGCGAACCGGAGACUGCCAAAGAGCUCUUAAACAGCUCUGCUUUCGCAGACCGGCCUGUGAAAGAGUCGGCUUACGAGUUGCUUUUCCAUAGAGCCAUGGGGUUUGCUCCCUUUGGUGAUUACUGGAGAGAGCUGAGGAGAAUAUCCUCUACUCAUCUCUUUAGCCCUAAGAGGAUCUCCAGUUUCGGCGAGUCCCGUCGAAAAAUCGGACAAAACAUGGUAGGAGAGAUCAAGAACGCAAUGGAGAGUUACGGAGAGGUGAAGAUCAAGAGAAUCUUGCAAUUCGGAUCACUCAACAACGUGAUGUCUAGCGUAUUCGGCAAAACGUACAACUUCAACGAUGGUAGUAUUGUCAACUCGAAAGAGAGCAACGAGUUGGAGUAUUUGGUGUCGGAAGGUUAUGAGCUUCUUGGAAUCUUCAACUGGAGCGAUCAUUUCCCUGGAAUGAAGUGGUUAGAUUUACAAGGCGUGAGGAGAAGAUGCCGUAGCUUGGUCGGUCAAGUGAAUGUGUUCGUCGGAAAGAUAAUCGACGACCACAAAUCAAAGAGGUCUCUUCGCAAUAAUCAAGAAGAAGAGAGCAGUAAUGAUGAUGACUUUGUCGAUGUCUUACUUGGCAUGCAAGGCAACAACAAACUUUCCGAGUCCGAUAUGAUCGCUGUUCUUUGGGAAAUGAUUUUUAGGGGAACAGACACGGUUGCGAUUCUAUUGGAAUGGAUUCUUGUAAGGAUGGUUCUUCACCCUGACAUUCAAUCCAAGGCACAAGACGAGAUCGAUGCUGUCAUGGCUGACUCGGGACGUGGAGUCUCAGACUCAUACCUCUCCAAGCUUCCAUACCUUCGAGCCAUCGUCAAAGAAACCCUAAGGAUGCACCCACCUGGUCCUCUCCUCUCAUGGGCUCGUCUCUCCAUUCACGACACUCAGAUCGGGACCCACUUUAUCCCUGCUGGGACCACUGCGAUGGUCAACAUGUGGGCUAUAACCCACGAUGAAAAGGUCUGGCCAGAGGCUGAUAUGUAUAAGCCAGAGAGGUUUCUUGGUGCGCAAGAAAGUGAUAAUUUCUCCAUCAUGGGGUCUGAUCUGAGGCUUGCUCCCUUUGGCGCUGGGCGUAGGGUCUGUCCUGGUAAGUCUAUGGGUCUAGCCACCGUUGAGCUAUGGCUGGCUCAGUUGCUUGGAAGUUUCAAGUGGGUCCCUUGCGGUGAAGUGGAUUUGAGCGAGGCUUUGAAGCUCUCUUUGGAGAUGAAGAACAGCCUUGUCUGUAAAGCAAUCCCUAGGGUUUAA